AAACUUUCUUUUUUUAUAUUAUUUUAAAAUAGAUAAGUGAUAAUAAAAAAAAUAUUAAAAUUAUUAAUUUUGAUUUUGUGUGUCGCUAAUUGAGGAAAGAACAAGCUUCGUAAGAAAACUGCACAGGACAAAAUUGUCACAGAAAAAUUACGUUUGCAAGGUCGUGAGCAUAGAUGUCAUCCAUAGGCCAGAAAUUGGUUGAUGUCCAAGAUGUGGAUGUCAAAACAACAGAUGUAGUUCAGGUGCAACAACAUGACGGUGACGGUGGUACCGAUGAGAAAUUGACAUUUGGUAGUGGAGAAGAAAAAUUCAAAAUGGCGGCAACACGAAGGCUUCAAAAGGAACUAGCUGAUUUGAAAUCAUCCGGUUUGAAAUCAUUUCGGGACAUUGUUGUCGACGAGCAAAAUCUCCUGUUUUGGACUGGUCUAAUCGUUCCGGAAAAUCCCCCCUACAAUAAAGGUGCCUUUCGUAUUGAAGUCAAUUUUCCUGCUGAGUAUCCCUUCAAACCGCCAAAAAUCUGCUUCAAAACCAAAAUCUAUCACCCAAAUAUCGAUGAAAAAGGACAGGUGUGUUUGCCAAUAAUUAGUACUGAAAAUUGGAAACCAGCCACCAAAACAGAACAAGUGAUCCAAGCAUUAAUAGCACUUGUUAACGAUCCGGAACCAGAACAUCCCCUACGUGCCGAUCUAGCCGAAGAGUUUCUGAAAGAUCGUAAGAAAUUCUUUAAGAACGCUGAAGAAUUUACACGAAAAAAUAGUGAGAAACGACCACCCGAAUAAAGUAAAUAAUAAUUAAUAGCUUAGCGAAAGAAAUAAUUAAAAAUUCCUAAAUGUGAAAUAUACACUGAAUGCAAGCUGCUGACGACGCGUACUUCGCCGACGUAUCGAUGCAAAUAAGAGAACUAAAAAAUUUAUAAAAACAACAAACAAACAAAAAAAGGCUCAUUAGAGACAACCGCAUUUCUGAAAUUUUUUUCCUUCAAUAUUUUUUUUUUCUACAUCCACAUACCAAGGAAAUUACUCGAACAUUUUUGCUUAACAUGAAAUUAUUCAAUUCCGUAAUAUUUGAUCUUUUUCCAAUUCACUACGCUGCGUGGCGAACAGAUAAAAUAUAUAUUUAUUUAUUAAAAACAAAAACUAAAAAGAGACAUUUUGUUUCAGUCUUCUCAUAUUUCUAGUAAGAUUCGUGUAGUUGGCAUUUGAAUUGUGUCUGUGUCUAGGUUUACGUUUUAAAAGCUCUUGACUACAGGAACAUUCUUUUUUAACUUUUUUUAAUGCAACUCGUGCAGUCACUGUCCCGCUCGCACGGUAUUAAUUUGCCCUCGAUAUUGGCUUGAUUCAGUCGUUAUCCACUUUGUGACAUUAUGCGCGUAAUUGCCUCUAUUUUAGAAGAAAAGUUUUAAAGCGUAAGAAAUAUAUUAACAAGUAUCUAAACACUUGAUUAAGGAGUAAAGCAAGCAGAAGAAAGAUCAAUGUAUUAAACUAUGUCAAACUAGAAAGUAACAUAUGAUAAAUAAUGAAUCAAUACUGAAUAAAGGACAGCUUGAAUAAACAAACUUAAAUAUUCUAUAAAGUGUAAGAGUUGAUAAACACAUGCUAUAUUUUUCCUAAAUUCUAUUCUUAAGAAAAUACAUACUCUAUUUGCAACAAAAGUGAAACUUAUCGUAAUGGAUGUGAAAGAUAUCAAACAACUACUCUUUAAUGGACACUAACUGCCGUAGGAGUCCCUGGUGGGGGCUAGGGAUGGCGAGAGAAAGUGGCGAACAAGGCUCUUAUUAUGAUUUUCAAACCCAACUAACGGCAUGGAAGCCAACCAUUGAAUAGUAAUAAACAAAAAGCAGAACAUUGCGUUCAUUGUUACGUUGAUAUUGUAUGUGAAUGUAAACAAAUCGAUCAUAAUUAUAAAUUUAAGUGUUAAAAACGUUUGUAUAACAAUGUCUUAAUUUUCGUUCUCAUUGCUGGAUUUAUAAUAAUUUUAGUUUUCCUUUUUUUAUUUUACAUUUCUAGAUAUUAAAAUUUAAUGACGCUAAAUUUCGUCUUUAUUAACUUAUUUUCAAAGUCGAGUAUAUUCUCAAGUGAUUCAAAUAAAACAGAAUAAAAAAACUAAACGACUAAUAGUCAA